AUGAGACUUUUGGCUCUUCUGUUCCUCCUGGAGAUCCACGCUGCUGCUGCAGCGUUUCAUUCACUCAGGUAUUUAUUCACACUAUCAUCUGGAGUUCCAAACUUCCCUGAGUUCAUGGCUGUUGGUUUAGUGGAUGAAGUUCAGAUCCUUCACUAUGACAGCAACAGCAGGAGAGUUGAGCCCAAACAGGACUGGAUGAAGCAAGUCAUCGCUGAUGAUCCAAGUUAUUUAGUGAGACGCAGAGAGUUUUGUAUUACUCUGCACCAGGUCUUGAAGGACAACAUUGAAGUUGCGAAAUCACAAUUCAACCAGACUGGAGGGGUUCACACAGUUCAGAGGAUGUUUGGCUGUGAGUGGGACGAUGAGACCGGAGAGGUCAGAGGUUAUUAUCAGGAUGCUUAUGAUGGAGAAGACUUCAUCACGUUCGACCUGAAGACUCUGACAUGGAUCGCUCCAAAGCCACAGGCUGUCAUCACCAAACACAAGUGGGACAGUGAUGAGGGUUUUAACAAAUAUUGGCGAAGCUACCUGACGCAGUACUGUCCUGAGUGGCUGAAGAAGCAUCUGAACUAUGGCAAGAGCCGCCUGCUGAGAACAGAGCUUCCAAGAGUGGCUCUCCUCCAGAAGAAGCCCACCUCUCCAAUCGUCUGCCACGCCACAGGUUUCUACCCCGCCAGAGCCGUGUUGUUCUGGACCAAAGACGGAGAGGAGCUUCACGAAGACGUGGACAUGGGAGAGGUUCUUCCCAACCCUGACGGAACCUUCCAGAUGAGGGCUGAGCUCAGACUGUCGGACCCGUCCGUGGACUGGGGGAGGUACAGCUGUGUGUUCCAGCUGGCUGGUGUGAAGGAGGACGUGGUGACCCCGCUGAGGAAAGAAGACAUCUGGACCAACAGAGAGCCCGACCUGAACCUGGGGCUCAUCGUGGGAGCUGUGGUGGCAGCUGUGGUCGCACUUGGUCUGAUGGUUGCUGGGUUCUUCGUCUACAGAAGAAGAAGAACUGGUGAGGAGUCACACACAGAUGAGUUUAUUGGAGCAUCAUAGAGAGACACAACAUGACACUGGAACACAAAGAUCACAGCAGUUUGAAUGGACAGCAGGGGGCGAUCACACUGUCAAGGUGUUCUUGGAACUUCUCUCUUCCUUUGUUGGCCUCAGGGUUUGAUGUUUGGAAUCACCAGGUGGGAAACCUUCACAAAUUCAAACUUGGCUGUUAGUGAAGC